AAAAGGAAAUCACGAAGUAGUCACUGUUGAACUAUGGCUGUGCGUUCAAAACAUUUCGACGGCGUGCUCACGUAAACCUCUUUUAGUCGCCAAAAUAUCUCUUUUUUUGGGGGGUAUUGGUGUGUACGCGAGCCGUGUAACAUGUCUACCAGAGCUUUGCGGAGGCUAAAAGGGAAACAGCGGGGUCAGGAGGCGGUUGUCGCGGAGGAGCUAACUUUGCCAGAAAGCCCCGAUGAGCUGGCCGAAAGCGACGGAGAGCAGUUGGACACCGCCGGUGUCUGCCCACCGUCACAUCGGAAUGGCACCAGCCGAAAGUCAAAGAAAAACAAAGAUCGUAAAAACAUCUGUGCCAUUUUUGAAAUGAUAAGUGAUGCGGAAAAAGUCUCUGCCGAUGAAGACCUAGAGAAACUCGACAUAGACAAAACAGAUGACACAGGACAUAUGGACAGCAAAGAAAACAGCAGUCAAGGGCCAAAUGAGCCUUUGUCUAGUGUGAAGAAAAAGAAGAAGAAAAAAAAGUCAAAAGUUAAAUCUGACAAUGUGCAGGCAGCACUUGCACUAGAUGACGACAUUGAUUUAUUGCUAGAAAACUUGGAGCAGUCCAAUGGUUUGACUUUCCAAAAUGACUGCGGAGGCUGUGACAGAAGAUUUGUUCUACAUGUCGAGCACAGGAAUCUGAACCCAGAAACGGAGCUGAAGAAAUAUUUUGGGAGUCGAGCAGUUUUGGGGGAUCAAAGACUGCGACAACGCAAUAGACAGUUUCAUCGGAACACGUGGAUGACCAGCCCCAAGGAAAGUUGGCCUCGAUUCAGCCGCCCAGGAAUCUCAAUGACCUUACUUGAGUCAAAAGAUGGCGUUCAAUACUUCACCUUUGAGCACAGUCGUGACUAUCAACAAGUACAGUUCAAGUUCCUGGAUGCUGUUGAGUCCAUGGAUCCAAACAACAUUGUGGCUCUGUUGCAGCUUAACCCCUACCACGUUGACUCUUUGCUGCAACUCUCUGACGUAUGCCGUAUCCAAGAUGAUCAAGAGAUGGCCAGGGACCUUAUUGAGAGGGCCUUGUACACUUUUGAAUGUGCGUUUCACCCCGUAUUUAGUUUGACGUCUGGGACCUGCAGACUGGAUUAUCUCAGACCAGAAAACAGGGCUUUUUAUCUGGCUCUUUUCAAGCACAUGAUGUUCCUUGAGAAGAGAGGAUGCCCCCGGACAGCUUUGGAGUACUGCAAGUUGAUUCUGAGUUUGGACCCAGACUCUGACUCGCUGUGCAUGCUGCUGCUCAUUGAUUACCUGAUGCUACGUUCCAGACAGUACGACGCUCUACUUCAGCUUUAUGAGGACUGGGAGGAACACAGAAAUCUGUCGCAGCUGCCAAACUUUGCAUUCUCCACUGCACUCUGCCAUUUCCAUCUCAGUCAGCAGGAAGAAAUCAAGCCUGAAGAAAGUGAUCAAGCAAAACACAAAGCUGACCAAAUGCUGCAGGAUGCGCUCAUCAUGUUUCCUGCAGUCUUGAUGCCUUUAUUGGAUCUAUGCACUGUGCAGCCAGAUGUCACAGUCACCUCACAUGCAUUCUUUGGUCCAAGCAGUCAGAUUGGACAGCUGCCAGCCUUGGCUGAACUGACUGCGCUGUACGUGGGGAGGAUGCACAGCCUUUGGAGGGAAGCGGCAGUUAUGCUUUGGUUGGAAGAGAAUGUGAGGGAGGUGCUGUGUCGAAUUGAUGCAAACGACCCAUUGGUGGAGGACUCUCAAAACAAGAGAAAACAGAGAUACCAGAAUGCUCCGCGGAACAUCCAUCGCCACGUUCUGCUUUCUGAGAUCAAAGAGGCCACAUCUAGUCUCCCUCUGGAGGUGACCACUCAGCCCGUGAUGGGAUUUGACCCUCUCCCCCCGGUGGAUUCCGUUGUUUCCUACACCAGACCAGUGAGGCAACGUGUUGCAGCAUCGAACGAGAGCACGCUGUCGCUAUUUUUCCGUUCCUUACUACCAAACUUCAACCUUCAGGGUGACCUAAGGCAGGAGGAGGGCGACACAGACGUGGCUCGAGCGGGACAGGAGCUCAACCAGGAAGUCAACCGCCUCAUGGUGGCAAUGAGGGACAUGCUGGCGAACAUCAGGUUUCAAGAGCCGCCACGGGAGGACGACGGUUUUAGUGAUGAGGAAGAAUGGGAUUGAGUGGGACCUCUUUGAAACUGGGACACAAAGCUGAUCAACAAAAUGUCUGUAACUAAAUUGCUGCCAAAAUGGGCUCCUUCAAAAAGCACUUCCCCUCAAUUUUUUGAUCUCAAAGAUUCAUUAAAAGAUAAAUUAGCAAUAACCUCAA